AACCAACAAAAGAAAUGGAUCCAAAGGGGGCUCCAUCCAUCUUAAGAGACGACAAGAUAAGCGAAGAAACCAAUAAGUUGAUCUCUUCGCUUCUUUCACGCACUGAUUUCCAAGGGCAGAAGCUUUGUCAAUAUCAAGGAUGUUGGUAUUAUUACAACACCCUCCAAGGCGUUCUCAAUUUCCAGAGUGGUUUUCAACCGCAGGACACCGAUAUAAUCCUUGCUUCUUACCCAAAAUCAGGCACUACUUGGCUCAAGGCCCUCACUGUCGCCCUUAUGGAGAGACCAAAGAACAAUUCUUAUUCUUCAGACGAUGAACAUCCUCUACUCUAUGAUAAUCCUCAUGGCAUUGUACCAUGCUUGGAGAUGGAUGUUUAUCACGAAAACUCAAGUCCUAACCUAGCCAAGUUCUCAGCACCUCGGAGGCUGUUCUCGACUCACAUGCCACUGCACGCGAUGGAGGAAGCCCACAAGCAUUCUGCAUGCAAGAUUGUGUACGUGUGUAGGAACGUAAAGGACACGUUGGUCUCGUGGUGGUUUUUCCUUUGCGCUGUUCUUAAAAUAGAACAAAGUAGAGGCAUUCUCGAGUCUCUGUUUGAAUCUUUCUGCAACGGAACAAUCUAUUAUGGACCAUUUUGGGAGCAUCUCUUAAGCUACUGGAGAGCAACCUUGGAAGAACCCAAACAUGUACUUUUCAUGAGGUAUGAGGAACUGAAAGCGGAGCCUCGCCAUCAGAUCAAGAGGCUUGCGGAAUUCUUGGGUUGUCCUUUUACUAAGCAAGAAGAAGAGAGUGGAGUUGUGGACAAGAUCUUGGACCUUUGCUCUCUGCGUAAUCUGAGAAGUUUGGAGGUUAACAAAACUGGAUCAAGAAACGAUGUGGAUCACAAGGAUUAUUUCCGAAAAGGGGAAGUCGGUGACUCAAAGAAUUAUCUGACGCCUGAAAUGGAGUACAAGAUUGACAUGAUCAUCCAAGAAAAAUUGCAGGGUUCUGGUUUGAAAUUCUAGAGUUGU